CGGUGCCUGCGGCGGGCGGAGGGAGUUCCAGGAAGUGGCCAUAUUGGAUCCAUUCCCCGCAUCCUCCCGCGCGGGCAGCACCGCCGCUCCCGGCCAUGGCCGCCACCGACCUGGAGCGCUUCUCGAAUGAAGAGAAGAGGAACCUUUCCCUGGGGGGCCAUGUGGGCUUCGACAGUCUGCCCGAUCAGCUGGUCAGCAAGUCUGUCACCCAGGGCUUCAGCUUCAACAUCCUCUGUGUGGGUGAGACUGGCAUUGGGAAAUCCACCCUGAUGAACACCCUGUUCAACACCACGUUUGAGACGGAGGAGGCGAGUCACUAUGAGAGCGCGGUGCGGCUGCGGCCCCGCACCUACGACCUGCAGGAGAGCAACGUGCACCUCAAGCUCACCAUCGUGGACGCCGUUGGCUUUGGGGACCAGAUCAAUAAGGAUGAAAGUUACAGGCCGAUAGUGGAGUACAUUGAUACGCAGUUUGAAAACUAUCUGCAAGAAGAGCUGAAGAUCCGCCGGUCCCUGUUCAACUACCACGACACGAGGAUCCACGUGUGCCUGUACUUCAUCACCCCCACCGGGCACUCGCUCAAGUCCUUGGACCUGGUGACAAUGAAGAAGCUGGAUAGCAAGGUGAACAUCAUCCCCAUCAUUGCCAAAGCAGACACCAUCUCCAAGAGCGAGCUGCACAAGUUCAAGAUCAAGAUCAUGAGCGAGCUGGUCAGCAAUGGAGUGCAGAUCUACCAGUUCCCCACGGACGAUGAGGCAGUGGCUGAGAUCAACUCUGUGAUGAAUGCUCAUCUGCCCUUUGCCGUGGUCGGGAGCACGGAGGAGGUGAAGGUUGGGAACAAGCUGGUGCGGGCUCGGCAGUACCCGUGGGGAGUGGUGCAAGUGGAGAAUGAGAGUCACUGUGACUUUGUGAAGCUGCGGGAGAUGCUGAUUCGAGUGAACAUGGAGGAUCUGCGGGAGCAGACCCACACCCGCCACUACGAGCUGUACAGGAGGUGCAAACUGGAGGAGAUGGGCUUCAAGGACACAGAUCCAGACAGCCAGCCCUUCAGCCUCCAAGAAACAUAUGAGACCAAAAGGAAAGAGUUCUUGGGCGAGCUCCAGAGGAAAGAGGAAGAAAUGAGACAAAUGUUUGUUAACAAAGUCAAGGAGACAGAGGCAGAGCUGAAGGAGAAGGAGAGAGAGCUGCAUGAGAAAUUUGAGCACUUGAAAAGGAUACACCAGGAGGAGAAGAGGAAGGUGGAGGAGAAGAGGAGGGAGCUGGAGGAAGAGAUGAAUGCCUUCAACAGGCGGAAAGUGGCGGUGGAAACCUUGCAGUCCCAGUCCUUGCAGGCUACCUCACAGCAGCCCCUGAAGAAGGACAAAGACAAGAAAAAGUAAGUGUCUGAACUGGAGUCUGCCACUGGGAAGCUGGAGGUCGGCUCAGAUGCUUUAAUGUUUGGUCAAUUGCUUAGACAGCACAUGGAAAAGGAGAU